AUGGCUGGUCCUGGCGGUGGUCCUCCUCGUCGCAGCCAUACCAAGUCUCGCAAGGGCUGUGAGACUUGCAAGAGACGUCACAUUCGCUGUGAUGAAAACUUUCCCCAAUGUCGUAACUGCACCAAACACAAGAUCCGCUGCCCGUACAACGACGUACAGGUCCUCGACGCUGACCGCUCGACCACACCGGACAAGCCAGACCUCAUGUGGACGCCUCAAGUUGAGGCAGCCAUCGCGGAGUGGCAGUCUACGGGCGUCUUCCCGUUCCCGUCCUUGCAGGUCUACCCAGCUCCCAUACCGCACCUGCACUCGGUCGAAGAUUUGCGUCUCAUCUACCACGUCGCCAACCUCUACCACCAGCUUUCCACCAUUGACGCCAACAACUUUACGCUCUGGACCCGUCACAUCCCUACUCUCCUCAGGAUUGGUGCCACAACCCCCUAUGUGAUGCAUGCUCUGCUCGCCUUUUCUGCCAUGCACAUUGCUUUCCUUACCGACUGCCCCUUGGUUGGCAGCAUGGCUUUUGAGCAUCGGGGCAUCGCCCUCAGUGGGCUUCAUGAGGCCAUUGGUACUUUUUCUCGUGAGACUUCGGAUGCCAUCCUGGCUGCUUCUCUCGUCCUCUCCUGGCAAGCUACAGAUUGGCGCAGCUGGACCCAGCUAAUGCAGGGAACCUCGACAGUUAUUGACGCGAUGGACGCAUGGAAGCACGAGUCCCAGUUUGGCGACUUCAUCGCCGAGAGCAGCACCUUUCCCACGGCACCUCCCUCUCCUGCACCCGAUCACAGACCAACCCAGCCUCGGGAUGAGGACAUCCAGGCCUUCCAGCGCACCCUUGAACAGGUACAAAAGGUUGAAUCGCACCUGAAGCACCACAAGGAGGAGACCACCCAGGUGCAGCACCUCGUUGGCUUCCUCAAGGGCUCUCGCAAGAUCAGCCCCACGCUUUCCAUUGCCCAGCAGUACGAGCGCCUGCAACCCUUGAGGACGUGGCUCUUCUGGAUGCCUGUCGGGUACCUGCAGAACUUCCACGGGUCGGCCAACUCGCUCGUAGUCAUUGCCCACCUGUACACAGUGGCCCUCCUCAUGGAGCGCCUGUUUCCCGAGAUUGGCGCGGCGUACUUUGGAAGUCUGAGCAUCUCGCCCAUUGAGGAAAUCGCCCGGCGCCUCAUGUCCAUCAGCCUGGCGGGCGGCUCCGAGGGAGGUCUGCGGCGCGAGACGCCCCUCACCCUGAUGGAGUACCCGAUCAACGCGGUGGGCGAUUUCCGCUCGCGCAUGGGCUGGGUUCACCCUGAGCGGACGCGUUCCUUUCCGCAGUUUCACCCUCCCAACUUUCCAGUGCACCAGGGCAACAACGGCAGCGGCAGCGGCAGGAGCAACGGCGGCGGCAACGGCAACGGCAACGGCAGCAACGCGUCCAUGACCCCGGUUUCCUCCUCGGCCUUCCUGCCCUUUGGAAGCCCUGCCUUUGGCUACAGCGCAGAGGGGAUGCCCAUGCUCAACAGCGCCGCCAUUCCUGGCAGCCAUUCGCACUCGGGCAGCCCGUCGAUGCUGUCGUCUUCCUUUUCGAACCCGCAAUACCUCAGCGUGCCGUCGCCCUCGUACACCGGAGCCUACAGCCCUACCUCGUCCACGUUUGAGGGGUCGGCGACGUACAGCGACACGGAAGAGUAUGCGUCCUACGACUUGCAAGGAAGCCCCCCCGCCUAUCUCGCCACUGGUCAGCCGUCGGUUUACCACGAAGCUCAUAGCAGCUACGGCCUCGGGCUCUCGGUUUCUUCAAGCAACAUGCUGGCGUAUCCGUCUUUCCAGGACACAAUGUAUGCAGGAACUCGGCCGUGUGGCAACGGCGACCAGCUGGGAUUGCUGCCCAUGCCCGAGUCUCCCGUUCCUUUGCACGGUACGCGGCAUGGCAAACAUGGCCAUACGGCGUCGGUGUCGUCAGACGCGCACUGCCCGUCGCCGUUGGCGCAUUCGGCGCUGGUGCCUGAUGGUGUCGCCCAGGCGAGGGAUGCGAGCGAGGAGACAGCCCCGGGACACGGACCGAGGACGCAAUGA